AUGACUAGCCUUCCGCCACCCGAAAAACCGACGGUUGACUUUAACUUUUAUGAGCAACCAGGCACGAUAUUUUAUUUUGACGCGAUCCUCGAGAGCUUACGACAUGACUUGGCCAGUGAAGGAGCCGAUACAACUUUUACUGCUCCUGGUCUCGCCCAUUUCACAGCGCGAUUUCAAAAGUUUCAAGAAGACACCCUAGGUCGUGAAGCAUCAGAAGUGGCCAAUCACGAUCUUCCUCCUCGCAUACCUUCGUCACUGUUCCGGAUAGAAAAUCUUACCACAUCCUCACCGUUAUAUGUCAUUCUUCUUGCCGCAUACUCAUUUCAGUCCGACAGCGACAUUAGCGAUUGGCAAUUUGAUGCUCCUGAGGAAAAAGAUAUUUAUCUCGAUCUUGUCAAACAUAUUAGAAAGCGAUUAGCGGAAACAGGCGUUUAUCGAGCACCUUGUAUUUACUUCGACGACAAGAUGGCGCCCGAAAAAAAGGAAAAACUCGUUGGCAUGGUGGAAUCGUUAGGCGGCGAGAUCACCAGUACGGCUGCGUCAGCAACCCACGUCGUGUAUGAGGAUGACCAGCCUAUGGAAAAAGACAAAUUGAAUGUACUCGAGCAAAAGAAUGGACGCAUGUUGAUUCAUUGGCAAGGACUUCCGAAUUCCUACGAUAGCUGGGUGGAUGAGGGAGAAUACGCGAACGUCGUCACUGUCGAUCCUGCCUUGCAGCAACCGCCGUGGCACGUGAAGAGCUAUUGGGUACAGGACAGCUACACCUAUAACGAAUGGAUGGCUCCUGCGGAUUAUGAUUGUCCAGAUAAAAGAUUAGCACGUACCAGUCAGAAACGGUCCAUUGAACCUGAAGACGCUGCGAGUCCUGCAAAGAAACCCAAGACACCGCCACCAACAACAACGACGGCAACACCCACAACAGUAACAACGACGACGGCGAAUGAAGAAUCAAUGACACAAGCUCCGGUGAUUGCCCAGGAAGCCAAAGAUGAAUUGGCGGACCCUGCAUUUUUAUUACGACAAGAAGAAGCGAAACGCAAAUAUUUAUCAGUGCAAACACACGAGAUUGUCAUUCCCUCUUAUGCUGCUUGGUUCGAUAUAUCGAAAAUCCAUGAUAUCGAACGUCGCUCGGUGCCGGAAUUCUUCAAUAAUCGCAACAAAUCCAAAACACCUACCAUCUACAAGAACUAUCGUGACUUUAUGAUUAAUACCUAUCGAACGAAUCCGCUCGAUUACUUGACCAUUACGGCUUGUCGACGUAAUUUAUCAGGCGAUGUUUGUGCCGUCAUUCGCGUUCACGCAUUCUUGCAACAAUGGGGUCUUAUCAAUUACCAGGUUGACUCCGAGUCCCGUCCUCCGACUGCACCGCCGAAUUUGUCGGAACAGUACAAGGUGGUCAAACAGUCACUACCAGAAACUGACCAGGAUGAGAAGGACGGCGACAUUCACAUCAAGUCAGAAGGCGCGAUGAGCGAGAAGCUUACAACCGACAUGGAGACAUCAGAUACAAAGCCAGUGUCGUUCGACGACAAAGAGAUAAAGGCUCAAACCUGUGUCAUCUGUGAUGAUGUAUGUUCAAAGGAGCAGUACUGCAGUACGAAACGGGUAGAUACCUACGUAUGUAGUAAUUGCUAUCUGGAUGGAAAAUUACCGGAGAAUCACAGCAGCGAAGACUUUGUGAUUCAGCUAUUGGAUAAGCAAGAAGAAGCGUCUUGGUCCGAGGAAGAAGAAAGACGGCUGAAGGAAGGGUUAGAAAAGUAUGUGGAUGACUGGAACCAAAUUGCCGAUCACGUCAGCACGCGAACGCGGGAUCAAUGCGUGCUACAUUAUCUACAACUGCCAACGGAAGAUCCUCUGAACCUUUUACCGGUAGCAAAAAUGGGCUUACUUCAAUUUCUUCGACAAGCUGCAGAAAAUCCUGUGAUGUCGACGGUGGCGUUCUUAGCAUCUACAGUAGAGCCUCAAGUAGCUGCGGCUGCGGGACAAGUGUCGGUAUCGAAUGUUCAGUUGAAAAAGGAGGAAGAAUCCGCAGCGAAGGACGGACAUGAUGAUGACGAUCAUGAUCAGUUACGGGAAAUUGCGUACGAUUACGUUCGUGUCAAAUUAAAGCAAUUCCAACUCCACGCAACACAGUAUGAGGCGCUGGAAGAUAUGGCUCAGCAAGAGAGACGACUGCUUGAACGUGAACGACAUCAGUUACAGCUUGAUCAAGCGGCUCUAAAGAAGCAGAUCGACAGCAUCCAUGUGGAAAUUGGGAAACAAAGUGCUAUGGCCGCCGCUAUUGCCAAUCGAAUCACGCCUGCGCAAAUUCAGCAACAAAUGGCAGGAAAUUCCGCGUAUAUGCAGCAACAACAGCAGCACCAGCACCAGCAGCAACCGUCACCAUCCCAACCAUCACCGCAUCAUUCUCAUCAACCCCAAGUUUUGCAACAGCAGUUACAUUUGCAGCAACAGCAGCAAUAUCAUUAUCACAUGCAGCACAUGCAGUACCAGGCUCAACAACACCAGCAGCAGCAACCGCCACAACAUGAUGGCCAAGUAUCGCCUCCAGGACACGAUUUCAACAUGAUGUAA